AUGGCGGCAGACUCCACGGAGCAAUUCUGCGUGGCCGAGGAGCGGAGCGGCCACUGCGCCGUGGUGGACGGGAACUUUCUCUAUGUGUGGGGGGGAUACGUGUCAAUUGAAGAAAAUGAAGUUUAUCUGCCUAAUGAUGAGCUCUGGAUCUAUGAAAUGGAUAGUGGGCUAUGGACAAUGCACCUGAUGGAAGGAGAGUUGCCCACCUCCAUGUCAGGAAGCUGUGGGGCAAGCAUUAAUGGGAAGCUGUACAUUUUUGGUGGAUUUGAUGAUAAAGGAUACAGUAAUCGGCUGUAUUAUGUUAAUUUGCGAACGAAAAAUGGAACCUAUAGGUGGAAAAAAAUUACAAAUUUUAAAGGUCAACCUCCUACACCACGUGACAAGCUUUCCUGCUGGGUGUAUAAGGACAGGCUAAUAUAUUUUGGUGGCUAUGGCUGUAGGAAACACAAUGAACUGAGUGAUUGUUUUGAUGUCCACGAUGCAUUUUGGGAAGGCCAGAUAUUCUGGGGAUGGCAUAAUGAUGUUCACGUUUUUGAUACAACCACACAAACUUGGUCUCAACCAGCAAUUCGAGGUGGAGAUCCACCUCAGCCUCGAGCAGCUCACACAUGUGCUGUGCUGGGAAAUAAAGGUUACAUCUUCGGCGGACGAGUGCUGCAAACUAGGAUGAAUGAUUUGCACUGCCUGAAUUUAGACACUUGGACUUGGUCUGGAAGAAUUAAUAUCAGUGGAGAGAAACCAAAGGAUCGAUCCUGGCACACGUUGACUCCGAUAGGAGAUGACAGACUUUUUCUUUUUGGUGGACUAAGCUCUGAUAAUGUUCCUUUAAGUGAUGGCUGGAUUCACAGCAUUACAACAAAUGGAUGGAAACAGCUCACCCACUUGCCUAAGAGUAGGCCUAGAUUGUGGCACACAGCCUGCCUUGGAAAAGAGGGAGAAGUGAUGGUGUUUGGUGGAAGCAAAGAUGACCUGCAUUUCAUGGACACAGGUCACUGCAGUGACUUGUUGAUAUUUCAGACUCAACCUUAUUCACUCCUCAGGCUGUGUCUUGACUGCAUUGGUAAGAAUGCAACUCUCCUCAAGAAUCAGAUACACUGCUUGCCAUCAAAACUUCUGCAGCAAGUGCUGAAAAAAAUCACCUUCUGGGCUGCAGUCAGCCACCGGCAGGAGAAAAAAGCUGAAUCUGAAAGACAAAACCAACUAAACACAACAUGAAGGACAUCAGUCAGCCGAACUGUUGAACACUUGGGUUUACCACGGUGUGCAGCAGGGUCUUUCGUUAGCAAACUUUUACUAAUGCUACAGAACAACUGUAUGUUAAGCUGAGUUUCUAAAGUGAGGUUUGAGAACAAAGAAAUCCUUUUUAUGGAAGCCUCCUUGUUUUCUGCAAUAUAGAAAACUGAUCAAACUUUUGUAUAUAUUAAUUUCUGCAGUUGUGGUCUUAAUGAGGCAGUCUAUACAACUUAAUUAUUUUUUGAAGGUGACAAAGAUAGUUCAAAAUGUUUUCCAGUUGGAUAAAAACAUGGCAUAAGUCAAAAAUCUUGCUCCAGCCUUAGCACAUCAGCCUUUCCACAAAGACACCAGAUUAGUUCAACGCACUAUCUUUGGAGGAUUCACAGCCUUGGGAAAGGUAGCAACUUACUAACUGCCACUGAAUCUGUUUGAUUCCACCAGACUCCAUCAUUUGGCAAUCCAGAAGUAGGAAAACCAGUAAAGUAACUGUGGAACUGGGAGA